CCUUGCUUUCGCCGUAUCUUAAUCUCCCUCCAAUCUUGGCACCCUCAUCCCACCAAUUUAAUACCGUAUUCCCCUAGGACUGAUUAGUACCUUAGGCAUCUGCUGUCCCAAUAACGUCAUGAGGACCCCGACAACCAAUGCCAGUGGCGCGCCCGCCAACUGUGCCACCACUACAGGGCAGGACCUUCCCUUGCACGAGGAGCAGAGAGCUGCGUUGGCCGGCUGCACCACGACCGCCAGGCAAAAGCUACCGCCGCGUGAGGAGCUGCUAGCUACGAUGGCCGCGGGCGGAGGAACUGCAAAAGCAAUACCCUUCGGUCGAUCUCAAGCUCGAACAGAAGUGAUGGGUGCCGAGGUGGAUUUUGCUGUCUUGCUGAAAGCUCUUCGUCAAGAAACAAGCGCCCGGGUGAACGCCCUCUUUGCGGAAGCUCAUCCGGGACAGGUUUGCCCCUGAAUCCGUGGCUGAGGGGCGCCAGCAGUUGAGGGAGCUGCUCCACCAGAGCACCGCGUGGUGAUGGAGCGGUUCGAGGAGGCGUUCUUUGUAAAGCUUGAAGCGCAGUUUGCGGAGGUGCAUUGCCAGCUGCAAAAUGUUGGCCCGCUUCCAGGGUGCGCGGGCGGGAUAUGUUGAGAGGCGGGAGUUGUGUAUUGCGUAGGUGCUCGUAAUGGUUCUCAGCCAAUACUGUCCGGCUCAACGGGCUCGGGCUGGGAUACGUGGGGGGGCCUGCAGUCAGCAAGAUCCCGCAUCGUCCCGACAGCCUGAGUCGGCUUGUAACUGUAUUGCUGGCAUUGAAAGAGCUUGCAUCGAUUUGACUGUCUUACCAGUGCUGUCAUGGCUUGAGCGUGUUGGAUGCUAGCGCUAAGUAACAAGCACAGGAUCCGAGGACUCAAAC